CGUAAGAAUAACACACUUGCGGGUUGCGGGCCAACGUAUACACACAUGCUACGUACCGUACCGCAAGGGAUUUGUCACUUUCACUCAAGCUCAGGUUGUUGCUUUGUAUCUUUUGUAUACGAAUUUUUGUUUUUUUAGAAAGCUCUCCAGUCUCAACCGAACACUCAGUGUGCCACUGUACGUUAUGCGAGACCUAUACGUGCUCUCCUGUACAUAAACACAUUUUUUUUUUCUUCUACAUUUUUUUUUUGUAAUGGUACCUAUCUACGUGUGUGCGUAUGUAUCAUUUCAUUAGUCUCGAGUGUCAACGGCAGUGUUCAACAAUCGAGUGAUGUUUGUUUGGCCGAAAAAGUGAAGCUUGGAUACAAAGGAUUUUCUCGACAGCAGGGCUGUUGAUAAGUCUGAAAUAAGUCUGCCGAUUUUCGCUCGUCUUAAGAGAAAGUUCUCUCUAAUAAGUGUUACCCUUCCACACCUGUGUUUCUGUGCUGUGUGUUGACCUGCUGAAGUCAUUCUGUUGCUGUGGUAUACAUUUAUAUCACAUUUAACCAUACAAGGAAUGCCUGUGAAUUACUACAGCUGACUGACAUUCUACCUGACACCAUUGUGAAGUGCAAUAACAAACUGAGAAAGUUUUUGAUACUGCCAGGGGUCAAUCUUUAUUCUCAAAAUGAGUCCAAUUGUCAAGCGACCUGUUGUUUUGUUUAUGGGAGUGUGUUUUGCCUGUGUGAUAUUGAUAUACUAUCAGUCCAGUCAUUCCCAAGGAAAACCCCAUUACGAAGGGGUUUGCAAUGCAGAAAAUGUGAAUUCAGUGAUCAUGGAACAGGAUGAUCCCUGUAUAUUAAGUUUACUGCGUGGCCAAUAUUUACAUCCUCCAUCUAAAGAUAAGCUUAAUCUUGAAGCACCAGAGGUUACAAAUCCAUCAAUGGGGCAAGCUCAAAGUAUUCUUGAAAUCUUGAAAAACAAGGAGAAUGGCUUUUUUGUUGAAUGCGGAGCCUUGGAUGGCGAACUUCGUUCAAACACUCUGUUUAUGGAACGAGAAUUGGGAUGGGAAGGUAUUCUGAUUGAAGCAGAUCCCAAAAACUUUCAGAAAGUCAAGGAGAAAAACCGUCGAGCGUGGGCUGUUCCCGCCUGUCUCAGUACGUCCACCAGUCCCAAAACUGUAGUUUUCAAACAGGCUUUCAACCAAGGACGAAUCUCUCAGAACCAACUCGAUGACCAAAAUCGAGCGGGAAGCGUACAAGUCCAGUGCUUUCCCAUAUACUCAAUCCUGGCAGCUCUCAACCGAACUGUGGUCGACUACUUCAGCUUAGAUAUUGAGGGCGACGAAUUGGCUGUAUUGAAAACCAUCCCGUGGAAUAAUGUCCGUAUACAGACCUUAUCAGUUGAAUUCAUCCACGACGAAGAGGGUAAAGACCAGAUAAGAGAGUACAUGACGCUACAGGGCUAUGAAGUGGUGAAAGAAGUCACGGAUCCAAACUGGCUCGCCAACGAUUUCAUUUUUAACAAAAUCUAGCCUUGAAUCUAGCAUGAAUGGUUGUUUCAAAAGCGAUCGGAUAUCAGCAACAUGCUAGUGUUAUCACAUUUUAUUGAGCAGCAACAAAUUGGCUCUGGCAUUUUUCCAAAGAAAAGCCGAAAAGCUUCCUGGAUGGAACACUAAGGUUCCCUCAAUCCCGCCCAAUUAGAAGACAAGUUUUUUUUGUUUUUUUUUUCCGAACAGUUUUUAUUAACAUUCUUCGAGUUGGCCAAUAUAGUUCAUAUAUAAAACACCA